CCCCUCCCCUAUUUUACCCUUCCUUGACCACCUCACCUUGGUAGGCACCGAACAAGGUAGGUAGUCCCAAGCCCUUGCCUACCUACGUCGGCGCCUUCAAUCCUCACCUUCAUCUACCUCAAGGUUCCUUAUUCAUCCAAGCUUGCCUUAAAACAAGGUCCCUUCCCUCGCUUGUGAUUUCUCGUCUGUUUCUUUGCCCAACUUUUCAUCGCGGGCUUCGGACUAUUGCGGAAGUGCGCUUCAUCAUCGCGACAACAGGAACCAGUCUUUGGAACGAGAUUGACGACAUGGCUUCUUCUUCCUCCUCUGAGGAGACAGCUGCCAGACGUCGAAGGGAGGAUAUGGACAUUCUCCCCGAACACGAGAAGAAUUACUCGCCAGGACGACGACUCCUUCUUCGAUCACACAAACCGCUUCCGCCCUACGGCGAUCAUCACUAUCCGCUUCCGGAUGGCUGGACUUCUCGCGACUUGAUGAUAUCCGAUGAAGAGAAGGCCUUUUCGCUCAGACGACUGGUUUUCCACCCGAACAAUGCGCCCAAGACCAUUGACAAGAACAACCAAGAUGACCAUGCUGCUUCCAUGGAGGUCGAGAUCAUUCGGAUGAUUGACGGCAGUGCUGUAUACCAUCCUGGUCCCCAAAAAGUCCUUUGCAAAGUUGUCGCUUCGCCAUCGGCCGCCCCAAAUGAACGAGAGCAUGAGAUCCCGUCUGAGGGACAGCUACUCUUCCUGAAGGUGUUCGAUCCCUUGUUCUGGCACAAGACCAUCGACAUCACCAAGCGCCUCAUCAAAGUCACAAUCCAGGCCGACUCAGCAUUCAGUGACGAAUUCGGCGCCUAUAACCGCCUCUUUGAAAAGGAGCUCACUGGCUUCCCCCAUGUCGCUCCUCAAUUCUAUGGAGGAUGGAUCACGGAAGUCAAGUCGAUCAACCCAUCGUUCGCAGACCGGACCCGGGAUGUUGCGGUGCUUGCAACCGAAUUUAUCGAUGGCACCGGCCUCGACCAACUCUUUGCACUUGAUGGCCCCAAGUAUGAGGUGGUUGAGCUAUACAACAGCGCCGAGUCACGCGAUGCUUUCACCACAGACCUCGAUACAAGAAUGGAUACUAUAAAGCAGCUCAUGGACGGUACUAUGUCGGAAGAGUACAUUGGAGUUGAUCAUUGCCGUUUUCACUCUAGCAAUGUUAUAAUUUCCAUGCGAAACCUCGGUGAGCCGCUGGAGAAACCCAGGGCUGUUCUGAUUGGCUAUGGGCAGGCGUUGGUCGAUGAUUUGCGCAGGGAGCCUGCUGACACGUACAAGAACUAUCCAACAAAGCCCCAUCCGUUCCUUCGAUUCGGCUGGCAGAGACUGGAGUCUUUCGCAGGCUGGAUCCCUGCCCAUUGGAAAGGUCCGAACAUCAACCGCCCGCGUUUGCUCGACCAAUGGGUCGUUCAAACAUUUGGUCCUUUGACGCCCAAUGAAGAAUAUACCUUUCUUGCGUCCGACGAUCUGGAAUUAGAACCCGAGUCCGAGCUCGAGGGAACAUCUACAAGCGCCUUGCCCGAGGAACAGCCUUAGAGUGGCAGUCACCUGGAAACGGUUGCCCCGACUGUCGCGACAACUUCUGACCUUUCGGUACAGUCCGCGGACUCAGAUUAUGCCCAUGUCUCAACGACGCU